AUGGACGAAAGAGUCGUGCUGAAUGUCGGAGGUGUACGACAUGAAACAUAUCAGGCUACGCUUAAGAAAAUUCCAGCCACUCGACUUAGCCGUUUGACGCCUUCGCUCGCGAAUUUCGAUCCUCUCUUAAACGAGUAUUUUUUUGAUAGGCAUCCAGCCGUCUUUGCACAGGUACUUAAUUAUUAUCGAACGGGUAAACUACAUUAUCCAACGGAUGUUUGUGGUCCAUUAUUUGAAGAAGAACUUCAAUACUGGGGUCUGGACGCUAGUGAUACAGAGCCAUGUUGUUGGAUGCAACUACUGCACGCAAAAGACACCCAGGAAACAUUGGCUGUGCUCGAUCGAAUGGAUGUUGAAAGAGAAGAUGAUCCACAACUUAGAGAGCAAGAUACAAUGAAAAAGUUCGGAUGGGAAGAGGAUUACUUUCAGGGGAAACGCACAAAAUGGAUGUAUUAUAAACCUAGGAUAUGGGCAUUAUUCGAUGAACCGUAUUCAUCACGAUCGGCAAAGAUUAUUGCUGGAAUUUCUGUAUGCUUUAUAUUCGUAUCGAUUCUAUCGUUUUGCCUUAAAACUCAUCCGAGUUUUCGUAUACCAGUUAUUGAAACAACAAAUAUGACGUAUCAUGGUCGGUCUAUUGUUGGUGUUAGCCGACAAACAACCGAACCACAUGUCGCUUUUGGACAGGUGGAGCUCAUUUGUAAUAUUUGGUUUACAUUAGAGAUUAUUAUACGAUUCAUAUUCUGUCCUUCAAAAUGGGGAUUUCUCAAAUCACCGCUCAAUAAUAUUGAUCUGGUAGCAACGUUGUCAUUUUAUGCUGAUGCUAUUUUUAUUCGACUUUUGGAAGAUGCCCCAAAAGAUGUCGUGGAGUUCCUUUCAAUGAUUAGGAUUUUCCGUUUGUUUAAGCUAACUCAACAUCAUAGAGGUCUUCAAAUUCUAAUUCAUACGUUUCGUGCUAGUGCUAAAGAAUUGAUUUUACUGGUAUUCUUUCUUAUACUUGGCAUUGUUAUAUUUGCUGCUCUCGUCUAUUAUGCUGAGAAAAUGGAAGUAAAUCCAGACAAUCAGUUCCAGUCAAUUCCGUUGGGCUUGUGGUGGGCGAUAUGCACCAUGACCACUGUCGGCUAUGGUGAUAUGACUCCUCACACGUCAUUUGGACGACUUGUUGGUUCACUUUGUGCUGUAAUGGGUGUCUUAACUAUAGCACUUCCAGUACCUGUAAUUGUUUCCAACUUUGCUAUGUUCUACUCCCAUACUCAAGCUCGUGAUAAACUACCAAAGAAACGAAGGAGGGUUCUUCCAGUGGAACAGAUUCGACUACAAGCUCGACGACAUGCACAUGUUCUCGAUUCUAAUCCGAUAGCAACGCGCAGAAAUGCAUUCGUCAAUUUAACAGAUCGGAAGAAUAGUGACGAAGACGACUCAAAAACUAUGAUAGAGAAAAAAAGCGAUAUGAAUAGAAGAGAAAGAAAAGAAGUAACAGAUCAGCAUUCAAACGUCGUGGAUACCGUUGUAAACAUGGGCGACGCCUACGCAUCGAAUACGACCACAACAAUACCAUAA